AUGGAUCACCGCCCUCUUUUAGAAGCCCUCGGGGCAGAUACCUUAGCUCAUCUUACAUUGGAAGGGCUUGAGGAUAAGAUCAUUCAUAUUCCAUCUGACUCGCUAUCUAGGGAACACGUACUCCAUACCUUCAUGGGAUGGCUCCAUGAACAGAUCACCAGGGAUAUCCAACAGAAGUCUUUGCUAUCAGACUUCGUGAAUUUGUUGCUGAAGGGAGGAAAGCUGCAACUAGGACCAUUCAGCAAAAUCGAAGUGGAGGCGGCUUUCAAGGAAUGGCAGAGAAGGGACGCUGAGCGAGGCCCCGAAAACUUGCGUAGAUACCAGAUGGUCGAAAUGGAUCUCAAGAGGUUAUUUGAUCCGGACUCAAACCCCGACUACCAUAUUGAGGAUGAUAUUGAUAACGAACCACGCGGAAAGGGAAGACAGCAGACGGGUUCUAACACGCUUCCGCUAGGGCAAAGAAAAGCCCCACGAGAGAACAUCCACCAGAAGAUCCUUAGGAUCAAGGAGGACAACAUAAAGAAAGGGUUGGAUAAGGUGCCGGUAAAAGAUGAAGUACUCGUCCAGCGAUCAUCGAACUUGAGUUUGGGCCACAAGAGCCCAAAAGUCGUCAGCCCAACAAAAUCCCAAUCGAAAGCACCGAGUGCUGCUCAGCAGUUGGCCGGCCCUGUCCCGCGAGGCUAUAUUUGCAAACGCUGUGGCUCGUCAGGACAUUGGGUACAAUUUUGCCCUACCAACUUAGACGAAAGAUUUGAUAAACCACCUGCGCCUAGUUACCAAUGUCGUCUCUGCAGGGCUUACGGUCAGCAUUUCGCAACCUUGUGUCCUCGAAACGAGAACAAGGUUUCAUUAACGCAACAACGCAAGCAUUAUGAAGUACUCCUCGAAGCACGACCUCAAACCCGAUCGCAAGAUGUAGCUCUACCUUAUCGAGAGCGAGGAUCUCCCCCUCUGCCCACUCGUCGUCGUUCUCGAAGUCCUAUGCGAAGUCCUACCCGAACCCCUUUCAGUCCAGUAGACCCUCCUCGUAAUCGGAGACGUGACACCUAUGGAUCAGACGAUAGCUCACGAACUUGGUCCCGCGACUAUGAUACACGACAUAAGCGAGACGUUGAUCGCAGCAGCAUCUCGCCCUGGGCAGCUCGUGAGCGUAUGACACGAGAGCGAUUUGGGGCCGAAAAGGAUUCUCAUCAAUUAGGUACAAGUAGCUAUUAUCGUCCGGAACCUGGUGCGCCUUCACUUCGCGAGCGUCGGCUUCAUCGAGAUACUAGGUCCCGUUCACCUCCUCGGUUUCCUUCUCGAGGACGAUUCUGCCCUAUUGUAGAAUCGAAGCGUGAAGAUAAGGCGAAUGAGGGAAGACUUGCAUACGAUAAUGACGUGUUCGUGGAUUUUGAUACUUCUCCGGAAACGCCUAAGGACCUUACCUCCUCCACAUCAGAGGCAGUCAGCACAGAUAGGAACAAAAAUGAGACAAUCCGAGAUACAGCGGGAGAUGCCAAUGGCACCGCCGAGGAGACGGAACGAAUCAAAAAGGAAGUAGAUGAAUUCCUAGAUGCCCUCGCGAUUGAGAUGUUCGGAUCCGGCCUCGCUCCGGAAGCAAGCGUCAACAAGGAUGCUGCUACUGGACACCCGGAUUAUAAUAUGAAUGUCGACGAGGAGGAGGACGGCAACAUUGGUGGCGAUGACGUCGCAUCUGUACCUAUGGAGACCACCAAUCAGCCCGUCCAAGCGCCACAUUUUAGCCCCGAAGUUGUUGCGCUUUUUAAAAACCGUCCAAACCUCAUCAUUAAUAAAAAGCCCAACCGAAGGACAGCACUGGAGAUGAUGAUCCAGAAACACCAACCCGAACAUAUCUUACAGGUCCUCGAGCAAGAACGGCCCGCCCAGGUCGCGAAGCAGCUCUGA